AUGGCUGCUCAAUCUGAUGAUGCUCAUGCUUCGGCAUUCUCAGCUCCCGAGGUACCCAUUUGGUUGGCUGCGACUUUGAAGAAGAGAGGGAAAUGCACAAUUCAGCCCCCUGAGUGGAUGUCUGUAGGUUUAAUUACUUUGUCUUUUGACUGUCACAUUUUGGAACAUUCUCUUACACUUGUUCUAAACAAUGAACCUCCAGCUUACAAUGAAUCUAAGUUGACUAAAGUUUUGGAAACUGAGAGAGAUACAGAAAAGUUUCAACCCUUGCCGUUCCAUUAUGUGGAAAUAUCAAGGCUUCUUUUUGAUCAUGCGGUGGGAGAUAUACCGGAUGUGUAUCUGGUAAGGUCGCUCAUUGAGGACAUCAAAGAUGUGCGGUUUCACAAGAUUGGGACUGGCUUGGAGAUAAUUUCAAAAGAACGUACGUACGCUUUAAGGCUAAAAAAUUUGUCAGCAAUGGAAGCAAAUAUAGUGAGGCCUUUUGUCACAAGGUCUCUUCAGACAUUUUAUAAGCUCAGUAGUCCGGACAUGAUACAGGAUCAAGAUGCGGCGAUUGAAAGAUAG